AUGUCCGACAACAAGAAGCAAGAAAAGGAUUUCACUCCCGAGGUAGAUAUUCUGCUUCCAGAGGCAGAGUCACUCGCAAAGGCUGGACAAUUACAACCUGCGCUCGACAAGCUCUUCGUUCUUGAAAAGCAAACACGGAAUGCUGCAGAUCUUGCAUCAACGACGCGACUCGUGAAUGCUGUCCUUGAGCACUGUUACCAGGCCAAGGACUUGACUCUGUUAAACUCGAAUAUCCUAUUACUGAGCAAGAAACAUGGCCAGCUCAAAGCAGCAGUUCAAGCUAUGGUUGAACAGGCGAUGGGUUGGCUGGAAGACGUGCAGAAGAAACAAGGCGUAGAGAAAUGGCUCGAGUUGGUUGAGACGCUGAGAACCGUCACUGAAGGGAAGAUCUUCUUAGAGACACCCAGGGCCCGGGUAACUCUCCUUCUUGCUCACUAUCAUGAAGGGCUUUCGACGACGGCUCCAAAACCCUACGAAUCAAAGAAGUCCCUCGAAACCGCAUCAGAGCUUUUGUCGGAUUUGCAAGUAGAGACUUACUCGUCGAUGGAACGGAGAGAAAAAACUGAGUUUCUCCUCGAGCAAAUGCGACUGCUCAUUGCUGUCGCGCGACGGAAAGAUGCGGAAAGUUCCAACGGUGGUGAAUCCGAGUGGGUGAAGGUCAGAGUAGGUGGCCGGAAGGUUAACGAAGGUUUCUUGAAAGAAAAAGAAAACGAGGACCUGAAACUCAAGUACUACGAUCUAAUGAUACAACAUGCGUUACAUCAAACUGCUUAUCUUGAUGUCGCAAAUUACUAUUACAAGGUUUGGGAGACGCCGUCAAUAAAGGAGGAUGUCAACGAUAAAAGCAAAGCGGCCCUUGAACAUAUUAUCUACUAUGUUAUCCUCGCUCCUCAUAAUAACGAGCAGUCCGAUAUGUUACAUCGUAUGUUCAAUGACCCCGCUCUAUUGAAACUAGAGCUUCACUAUAACCUUGUAAAAUGCUUCACGACCCACGAGUUAAUGCGGUGGCCCGGCAUUCAGACACUUUAUGGUGAAUUCCUCCGCCAAACGCAAGUCUUCUCCGAAGAGAAGCGGUGGGAAGAUCUUCACACCCGAGUGAUUGAACAUAAUAUCCGCGUUGUUGCCGAGUACUAUACACGGAUAACUUUGCAAAGGCUGACCUCUCUUCUGGAUCUGACACCCAAGCAGACAGAAGAAACCCUUGCGCGUCUAGUUGUUUCAAAAACGGUUUGGGCGCGGAUUGAUCGACCAUCUGGGAUUGUCAACUUUAGAAACCAACGAAGUCCAGAGGAUGUGAUGAAUGACUGGAGUUCAGACAUGCAAAAGUUGUUGGGUUUGGUAGAGAAGGCGUGGAUGGGUAUGAACGCUGCACAGGCAGCUCAAGCUCGCGUAAAGUCAUGA